AUGUACGAGGGAUAUACCAAUGACACGAUCGCUCUUCCCAUACGCGUGAUGAAGUUAUUGGGAGUAAAAAUUCUUAUGGUUAGUAAUGCUGCUGGUGGUCUGAACAGAAGUCUCAAACUUGGUGAUUUCGUGAUCUUAAAAGAUCAUAUUUAUCUUCCUGGACUGGGAUUAAAUAAUAUUUUGGUCGGACCGAAUCAUGAUGAAUUUGGUCCUCGAUUCCCAGCACUUUCGGAUGCCUAUAACAGUGACCUGCGAAAACUGGCUAAACAAGUAGCUGUAGAAAACGGAUUUGGGGAUUCGGUUCACCAAGGUGUUUACGUGAUGAAUGGUGGUCCUUGUUUCGAAACGCCUGCUGAGUGUACAAUGCUUCUUAACAUGGGUUGUGAUGUAGUCGGUAAUUGA